AUGGGGACAUCUCAAACAACAACAUUAAUAAACACGGUAUGUUGUUUCAUGAUUGUGUUGUUUGUGUUGUUUUCUGUCACUGUUACUGUUGCGGUUGGUGAUUUAACAGAUCAGAGAAAACUUAAGGUUAAAUCUAAAGAUGAAGUGAAGUGCACUCCGUGUGGUGAAGUAUCGUCGCCGCCGCCGCCUUCUCCUCCCCCGCCAUCUCCGCCUCCAGCUUCCACGAGUAAUUGUCCUCCGCCUCCUUCUCCUCCGAGCUCCGGCGGCGGCGGCGGUGGUGGUGGUUCAACUUAUUACUCUCCACCUCCGCCGUCUGCUUAUUACUACUCAUCUCCGCCCCCGCCGGCGACAUCCACCGGAGGAGGUGGAACGGGUGGUAUGUAUUAUUAUCCUCCGCCAAAUGGUGGGACUGGGAAUGGAAACUAUCCUACUCCGCCGCCUCCGAAUCCAAUUGUGCCGUACUUUCCUUUCUACUACCACACUCCUCCACCUUCCGCGGCGGCGCCUCCGCUGUUUAAGAGAUCCGUAAUGCUCUGCGCCGUGCCGCUUUUACCUAUUUUUCUGGCGUUGUUUUGA